GUGUGUGCGCAACAUCAACACAGCGUUCAGAAAAAUCGCUUUUUCGCGAUUAUUUUUGUGUACGCGAAUCGAGGGAAAUCUGUGCGCCUAAUUUUUAUUCCAAAAUUCAUCAUAAUUGAAGAACAAAAUGAGUGCUUCUUGUGACGAAAAGUGAUUGCUGUAUCGGUGUACCGUGCAAUUGGAUUUUAUUUAUGAAACAGGAAGAUUACCCAGCCGCAAAAAUCGAAAACCGGACCUAAUCGUGGUAGUUACAUAAUUGUGGGCAACAACCGAUCGAACACUCGUGUGCUCCCAUGCAAUGCAUACGCUGAGAUGUAAUGACACGACCACGACAACGGCCACCGCCACGGGACCCAUAACCGGUAGUAGUAGUAGUAGUAGUGCUGCUGGUGUUGCUGGAGUGACUGGUUCAGCAGUGGGUGCUAGUGUUUCGGGAACAUCGAUUCUUCAGUUACAACAGCAACCGCAACAGCAGCAACCACAACAACAACAACAACAAUCACAAUCAUCUCAGUUAGCGAAGGGUGGUCCCGUACGACUGAACGGUAUCAAAGGCUACCAAAACCGAACUAAUCAUAUCAUCUACUGUCCGCCACUGUUACGGUCCAAAGAUGAAUGUACGGCGGUUGUGUAUUUCGGCGGGGAUGUACAGGACAUUCCGGAGAAAAUGGAAACCAACCGAGAUAACAAAAACUACAUCAAGUGGAACUUAGAAAAUACUGCUUUAUUGUUGCGGGAUUCAUUUCCCCGAGCACACAUAAUAGUGGUCCGGCCGAUGCGUAUGGAAUAUAGCACGUUUAGUUGCUUCGACAAUUUUGUACGCGGUAACAAUGCCGGCAUUCCCGAUCAUACACCAAUGCACUACUCGCUGCAGCAUUUAGAAGAACUGCUGAACAACUUGACGAAAAAACUGACGAAACCUGUGCUGGAACCAGAUCUACUGCAAAAGUUGAUAGCAGCCACGAACUCAUCGCUCUGCGGAACAAAUCACGAGGGCAGUCAGGAUAUGGAUCUGGAUGUCCAUCCGUCGGAUUUGCAGAACAAUGCAACAGCAACAGCAGCGACUACGAAUGCUUCCACUUCGGCUUCCAUUGUUAGCAGCAAUAAUGCCAGCAGUGCUGACAUCAACGAGUUGCUCUGGUGGCGCGAAAACCUGAAUCUGGAUAAGGCAAACCUCGCAUUGAUGGGCUUCAGCAAAGGCUGUGUCGUCCUGAAUCAGUUCAUUUACGAGUUUCAUUACUAUAAGACCCUUACGCCGGAUGAUAGCACAAUGAUGCGACUGGUUUCGCGAAUAAAGGACAUGUACUGGUUAGAUGGUGGUCACGGAGGGGGCAAAAACACCUGGAUAACAUCUCGGAGUCUGUUGGAAACGUUGUGUCGACUAGGGAUAAGCGUGCACGUCCAUGUUACGCCAUAUCAAAUUCAGGACGAUCAUCGGCCCUGGAUUAGGAAGGAGGAAAAAGCGUUCACGGAUUUACUGAAGCGGCUCGGGGCUCCCUUCGAUCGGCAUCUUUAUCCGAGCGAGGCCAAUUCGACAAACUUAUUCACCCAUUUCGAGGUACUGAACCGGUUCCGGCAGUACCAGAUAAAUGUCUUUGCACAGCAGCAUCUGCAUCAACAGCAACAACAGUUGACGGCCACCAAUUUGUCUACCACCUCACCAGAGGACAGUGUCGAGGAACAACAGGAACAAUCGUUACUAGCCCCAGAUAAUGUAGGACAAACGAAUGAACCCGUGGAAAUGAUCAUCGGCAACGAUACCGACAUCGAGGACGAGAAGAUUGUCGACGAUGACGAAGAGGAGAAUGGCCCCAAGUGAUCGCAUCAUUGCGUGGUACUACUAGGCAAAAAAGUGGUCAGUUGAAGUGCAAAGUCGAAUUGUGUUUUCAAUUGUGUGAUUCCAGUGAAGGAGCAAUCGGCUAAGGUAAUUUUAAAACAGCGUACUUCACAUUCAUCAAACAACCAUAUUUGUGAUUUCAGAGUUGCUCUCUUUUUACCAAGCAAGUCAUCUUCAGAAUUUUCAAUUUGAUUUGUGGGAACGUAGAGUAUCCCACAGUAUUUUGGUUGUGUGAUCAAGCAAUUGUACAGCUAAUCGGUAUAACUUAUAGCAUGCCAUUUAUUUUGCGUUUAUCGUCAAACACAGAUUGUAUUGCUCCGGAAAUAGUUUAUAUUUUUAUUUUCUAAACAUAAAUCGUACGAGAAACGUAUAAUAUAUAUAUUAUAAAAAAAUUCCCUUUGAUUGUAUAAGGUUUACGAUAAAUUGAUUGAACGAAAGUAGUUGGGGUAUGUCCAUUUUCUUCGGAUGCAAUGCUGAUAUUCACGGAAGGUCACUGUUUCAGAUUAGUGUAAGUGAUUUUAAUAACAAAAGCAAAUAACUCAAGCAAGUAUUCGAUUUGGAACCAUAUUUAGGCAGACGCAAAGGGGGUAUUUUUUUUAAAUCACAAAUUAGUUUUACAGACUUUACAGGCUUUGAUGCAGCUUUUUGGCAAAAUUUGUUCUGAAAAUGUUCCAAAUAGCAUCUUGAAGUAAGCAAAAGAUUUUUAAAAAAUAAAAUGAAAACAAUCAAAACGAAAUUCAAGAUUUUUUUUUGAUGAAUGGUCUCAAGUAGAUGUUCGCUAUAGAAAUUGUAAAUGAAAAUUAAAUGCGAAAGUAAGCGAUUUUUCAUGUUUGAAUCUAAAA